ACUUAGCAAGGAGUGUCACAUGGCUGACCUGUGUCCUAAUGCAGCGCUCCUGCCAACAUGCUGUAAAAGAUACACACCCAUUUAAAUAUAAGCUCAAAUGAAAGGAUUCAAGCAUUUAGAGAUCUGUUGAGCAGCAGAGAUUCAAGAGGACGAAGUGUUAAGAGCAUUAUGGACUUUUCAACAACAGUGAUCUUGGCAGGGCUGAUCGUAGCUCUGUUGUGGCUGUUUAGUGUCAAAAACAGCAGAAAGUAUCGUCUGCCUCCAGGACCCUAUGCGCUUCCUCUAGUAGGAAACCUGCCACAGCUUGACAAAAAUGCACCUUUUAAAAGCUUUCUCAAGUUCAGUGAAACCUACGGUCCUGUGAUAACAGUGUACCUGGGCUGGCAGCGGGCGGUUGUUCUGGUAGGAUACGAUGCAGUGAAAGAGGCUCUGGUGGACCAUGCAGAUGACUUCACUGGCAGAGGUCCACUGCCGUUUCUGAUGAAAGUGACCAAUGGCUACGGUUUGGCGAUCAGUAACGGGGAACGCUGGCGCCAACUUCGACGUUUCACACUGACAACCUUAAGAGACUUUGGGAUGGGACGCAAAGGCAUGGAACAGUGGAUCCAAGAAGAGAGCCAACAUUUGAGGGAUCGCGUAAAAACGUUCAAAGCCAAGCCAUUUGACCCCUCAUUCUUGUUGAGUCUCAGCGUGUCCAACGUGAUCUGCUGCCUGGUGUUUGGCCAACGCUUCAAAUAUGAAGAUGAGAAGUUCCUGUCUCUUCUGCAGAUAACAACAAAAACCUUGAAAUUUGCUAGUAGUCCCUGGGGUCAGAUGUACAACGUCUUUCCCCGCAUCGUGGAGCAUCUUCCCGGCAGCCAUAACACUGUUUUUGCCCAGAUUGAGGAGAUAAAAGGGUUUGUGUCCAUGCAGAUCCAAGAGCACAAAGAGACAAUGGACCCAAGCUCACCGAGGGACUUUAUUGACAGCUUUCUCAUCCGAAGCAAUCAGGAAAAGGACAUUCCUUCAACGGAGUUCCACCAUGAUAACUUGGUCUCGACUGUGCUGAAUCUCUUCCUGGCAGGAACGGAAACAACCAGCUCAACCAUUAGAUAUGCCCUCAGUUUGUUCAUAAAAUACCCAGACAUACAGGAGAAAAUGCAGCAUGAGAUUGACACUGUGAUUGGACAAAGUUGUCCUAGCAUGGAGAACAGGAAGUCCCUCCCCUUUACUGAUGCAGUCAUCCAUGAGGUGCAGCGCUUUCUGGACAUUGUCCCAUUCAGCAUUCCUCACUACGCACUCCAUGACAUCUCUUUCAGGGGUUACACAAUCCCCAAGGACACUGUGAUUAUUCCUUUGCUUCACUCUGUGCUGAAAGACGAAAAGCAUUGGGAGACUCCCUGGACCUUCAACCCUAAGCACUUCCUGGACCAGAAUGACAACUUUAAGAAAAAUCCUUCUUUCAUGCCUUUUUCUGCAGGGAAGAGAGGCUGUGUUGGCGAGUCUCUGGCUCGUAUGGAGCUUUUUAUCUUCAUAGUGUCACUGCUGCAGAAUUUCACUUUUUCCUGCACUGGAGGCCCCGACACUAUCAACCUCAAUCCAGAGUUCAGCAGCUUCGCCAAUCUGCCUCGCUCCUCCGAGAUCAUCGCCACGCCGCGUUGAGAACAGGAAGUCCAUUUAGACUGAGCCUAUCAUUGAUUGAAGCAUUCUGAGUCAAGGACAACUCGAUAACAUAUAUUGCUUUUUUGUGAUUUUGCACUGUUUGCUGUAAAGAUGAUGUUUGCUGUUACCUGGCGGACACAUACUCUAAAGAUACAACAUAAGGGAACAGCCGGAAUGAUUAUGCAUCCUCUUGUCUUCUGCUUCGGUUGUCUUUUAACAAUUUCUUAGUUACUCUAUUAACUAUCAACAUGCCGUCUUAAACAAAAACAAAAAAAAGUAUUUCUGAAAUAUGGAUUUGUAUGCAUACACAUGGCAAUAGAUUACUUCUGUAUACCUGUUGGAAAGUC